AUGUGGACGCGGCUUACCGCUGAUCUGCUCUCGCGAGCGUGGGCAAUGCCGACAUCUGCGCUUGUGCUCGCAGUUUCCCCCACGCCGGGUUGCACUGACGCAGCAGGCGACGGCCACUUGAGUAUCACCUUACCACCUGCUGUAAACGUCCGGGAGGCACGGGCUUGGCUGUUCUGGCCACGCCGGGCACUCGACAGCGGAGUGCACUACCACGUUGUGACCGAUAUCAACGGCUGCCAAAGCACGUGGGAGUUCACCAUAGCAUGCGGCGCCGGAGAUCUCCUGUCACUCGAUAACGACGCGUGGUCGGUGUUGGUGCGGUUUUUGGAUGCGCGUGCGGUCGCUGCGCUACUGCGAACAGCAAACUCUCUGCGACAGGAGCCCAUGUUUGGCCGGAUCCACUUCUUGUGGACCGUCUUUCAGGCACAGGAGCAACUGUAG